UAUAAAUAAAAUGUAAAUAAAAUUAUAAGUUUUAACAAAAUUAAAUUCCAGUAAUUUUCGGAGUAUUUCUAAAUUUAAGUUUCUAUCUGAUAAAUUCAAAAAUAAAUCAGGAAAAUGGUGGACUUUUGCAAAGCGGCGAAACGUAAGAACUUACUAUGCGACCUAAAAAAUUUAAUGGAUAGUAUGGAAAAACCGUGCUGUCCCGUUGCUCCAUGUGGCCCGGUUAUAGAAAUAUACGAUCCAUUGCCAAAACCGUGCGUACCAGUCGUUAAUCCGUGUUGCCCAUCGCCAUGUGCACCGGCUUGUUGUCCAGCACCAUGCGCACCGGCUUGUCCAUCUCCGUGUCCACCAGCUUGUCCACCAUGCGGGCCACCUCCAUGUGGAGUACCAUGUCCACCACCGUGCUGCCCGGGGUCCAAUCCGGUCCCCUUGUGCUGUGCACCACCAUGCUGUCCGGCAGUCCCACCAACCCUGCCAAUAUGCAUGCCGGCACCACCGCCGUGCGUACCCAUUUGCAAUCCCUGUCCGGAAGAACAGCCAUGCGUUCCAUGUAAUCCACCCGACAUGAUGGUUUGCUACCGAAGACCCAAGCCGUGUUGUCCCGUGCGAAGAUCAAAAUCCAGGGAAUUAAGGGCCAGUAUAUUAUACAUUGGCUGCGAUUGUGAGAAGCAUUUUGGACUUCAAGAUAGCUGCCCAAGAAGUGAAUGUCAAGGAGCACCAGAGUGUCUAUUAAAUCCUCCAUGUUGUGGGCCUAGCGAGUUUUCAGGAGGCAAACAUUUGGGUAGACGUGGGCCUAAAUGUAACGGACUUGAUGAGUAUCAAUGUUAUCCAGCUUACGUCAAAUUCCCAUGUUGCCCAGCACCAUGUUGUCCCGCACCUUGUCCCUCACCUUGUCCCCCUCCUUGUUGUCCUUCCCCCUGUCUCCCUCCUUGUCCACCUCCUUGUUGUCCUCCCUGUCCAGCUCCUUGCUGUCCACCUUGCCCAGCUCCUUGUGUGCCUUGUCCAACUGCUUGUUGUACACCAUGUUGUCCGCCUUGUCUGCCAAUAAUUCCCAAGGCACCGUGUCCACCACCAAUAUGUCCCUCACCACCACCAUUGAUACCUGUUGGGCAAAUUGUGCCCGUCACUCCCACUAUUCCAGUAUGUCCACCACCGCCCUGUUGUCCUAUGCCGAGUCCACCUUGUUGUCCUGUUCCUUGUUAGUAUUGUUUUGGACCAUUGUGAUUGUAAAUAUGUUCAUAUUUAAAAUGUAAAACAUGUGUGAAAUAAAUUUGUUAUAAUCGUU